UAUAAAACAAGCCUGAAACAGAAACCAACCCGAUAUCGAUCUCCUGAACAACUUCAAUUCCAGAAUUAGGGAUAUCAAUUUCCCCAACUCAUCGUCUGUUGUUCCAGUGAUCUAAACCAAUCGAGCUAUGGGAGGCCACGGAGGUUUGAACAUUCUCCCACAGAAGCGAUGGAACGUGUACAACUUCGAUAACCGUGAGAAAGUAAAGCGAGACGAGGAAGCCGCGGCUAAAGAGGAACAGCUCAAACAGGAACAAUCUCGCAAGCGCGAUUCCGAGUAUCGGCUCGAGCAGCUCCGUCAAGCCCGUGGCUUAUCAUCAUCAGCGCCUUCGUCGUCGUCAAGUCACCUCAAAAAUUCGUCAGCAGAUCAAAAAUCGCCGGAGGAGAAAUCGGGAAAGAAGGAUUCUAACCACAUCAACUUGUUCGAAGGGAUUCGAAUCUUCGAUCCAGUUAAAGUAAAAGAUGAGGAGAAAGACGGAAGGGAUAAGAAGAGAGCGAAGAAAGAGCAACCGCCGAGGGUUAUUAAUCCGGAGGAUGAGAAGUAUAGGUUAGGGUAUGGAAUUGUUGGUAAAGGAACCAAAUUGCCUUGGUAUUUAGAGAAACCGAAAGAGGAUUCCGGUGAAAAGAGUGAAGAAGAUAAUGAUUAUUCGAGGCCUGUGAAAAAGAGUAAUGGGAAAAAGAUGGUGGAGGAAUUGCGACAAGAGCGGUUGGAGAGGGAGAGGAAAGAGAGGGGAAGAGAAAGAGCUUUAUUAAUGGAGAAGAAUCGAAGAGAUGGAGGAUUCUCGCGACGAAGAUGAGGGCAAUAAACACAGACAAAGUGGAUCUGUUGUACCUAGAGUUGUUUUCUGAGAGCUCUUGAGGAAAAAGCAUAGGCUGGAUGCAGUUCUGUUCUUCAAUAUGUCUAUUUUCAUAUCCCUGAAACACAUGCAAAAAGUUCCAUGCUCGCAUUGUAUCUACUUUAGUUUGGCAAUCGCAUUGGAGAGGCCAUAUCCUGUACAGAGAGCAAAUCCUAUGUUUGAGGGAACUGUUCAGUUUGAAGGGCCUGAUUGACCUGAGAGUGGAUUAUGGAAUCCUUCCUUUGCCUGGGUUUAUGCUUUCUGAAAAAGAAUAAGUCAAAAACCAAUACCCCUGGGAAGCCGAUUCCGAAAAUGUUUCUGAGCAGCAAAAUGCUUUGCUUCUUCCCUUGUGUACAUGCCAUAGAUGUUAUAUAGUGGCUGUGCUCCCGUAUUGUUAGCUGUAAGUUGCUAAAGAUAUUUGUGGUCUAGAGAAUAAAUUAAGACAGUCAUAGGCAUCUUUAGGCAUACAGAAGACUCUCAAUGAUAAUCGGCUGCUUUUCAAAAUCUUUAUCCAAAAGAAGUCUUGAAUUUGUUAAUUUGGAUCUUUGAUUUU